AUGGCCACUGCACCCGGGGAGCGGCUGCGGGAGGAGGCUCGGUGCUCGGUGUGCCUGGACUUUCUGCAGGAGCCCAUAAGUGUGGAUUGUGGCCACAGCUUCUGCCUGCGGUGCAUCUCCGAGUUUUGCGAGAAGUCGGACAGCGCUCAGGGCGGCGUCUAUGCCUGUCCCCAGUGCAGGGGUCCCUUCAGGCCUGCCAGCUUCAGGCCCAAUCGGCAGCUAGCCAGUCUGGUGGACAGCGUGCGGCAACUGGGAUUGGGUACAGGACACCCAGGGACGCGCCAGUGUGCGAGGCACGGCGAGGACCUGAGCCGCUUCUGCGAGGAGGACCAUACGUUGCUGUGCUGGGUAUGUGACACUAGCCCCGAGCACCAGAGCCACCGCACUGAACCGCUGCAGGAGGCUGCCAGCCGCUACCAGAGGAUGCUCCGAGCGGCUUUGGAACUUGUGAGGAAGGACAUGGAGGAGGCUCUGAUGCAGGAGACCAACGUGGGGAAGAAGACCGUCAUUUGGAAGGAGAAAGUGGAGAUGCAGAGACAGCGCUUCAGGCUGGAGUUUGAGAAACACCGGGGGUUUCUGGCCCAGGAGGAGCAGCUGCAACUGAGGCGGCUAGAAGAGGAAGAGCGAGCGACCCUGCAGAGACUGCGGGACAGUAGGAACAGGCUGAUCCAACACAACAAGGCCCUGAAGGAACUGGCUGAAGAGCUGGAGGAGAGGAGCCAGAGGCCAGCCCUGGGGCUGCUGGAGGGAGUGAGAGGAGUCUUGACCAGAAGCAAAGCUGUCACACGGCUGGACCCAGAGGCGGUCCCCUUGGAGCUGAAGACAGUAUGUCGCAUCCCUGGGAUGAGGGAGAUGCUGAAGAAAUUCCAAGUGGACGUGAAGCUAGACCCCGCCACUGCCCACCCCAGCCUGCUCUUGACGGCCGACCUGCGCAGUGUGCAGGAUGCGGAGGUCUGGAGGGAUGUCCCAAGCAAUCCUGAGCGCUUCGACACCUGGCCCUGCAUCCUGGGCCUGCAGGGCUUCUCCUCUGGGAGGCACUACUGGGAAGUCAUCGUAGGAGAAGGAGCAGAGUGGGGCCUCGGGGUUUGCCAAGACUCAGUGCCGAGAAAGGGGGAAACCACACCAUCUCCAGAGAACGGCUUCUGGGCCAUGUGGCUGCUGAGGGGAAGCGAGUACAUGGUCCUGUCCUCUCCCUCGGUGCCUACGCUACAAGUUGAGCGACCUCGCCGCAUUGGGAUCUUUCUGGACUACGAAGCAGGCGAAAUCUCCUUCUAUAACAUCACGAAUGGGUCUUACAUCUACACGUUCAGCCAUCUCUUCUCCGGCAUUCUCAGGCCCUACUUUUUUGUCUGUGACUCAACUCCUCUUAUCUUGCCACCCACGACAGAAGCAGGACCUGGAAACUGGACCCCCAGAGGUCUCCUUGAUCUCGCUGCUGCUGUUAGAAGCGAGGACUGCUAA